CAGACACAAGCCGGUCGCAUUACAACUACAUAGUACGUAAAGUAAACAUUGCAAGGCACUUAGUUGGGGAUGGGCUAUAAGAGCUUUCCUCCCCUUGUUGGGAGUUUCUAGAGUGCAACUUGUUCAAGCCAGUGAUACGAUCUGCCGUGAUAUAGCCCAUCAUGCCUUCUAGUCGUCCCUCCGUGAGCCGUAAGCUCUUGUUGAGCAUACUGCCAUUCGCUGCACGAUCGUCAGCAGCGUCUUUGUACUCUACUUACAACUUCAACCCGCUUGAACAUCUGGCUGGUAUUGCUCCUUACUUUGAGCCUCAAGAUCCACCAACUUCCCCUGAUGCUCCGCAGGGUUGCUCGGCCGUUCGCGCCGCCUAUCUCUCCCGCCACGCCGCCAUCUUCGCCAACGAUUACGACUAUGAGGAGUAUAUCGAGCCUUUCAUCUCCAAGUUGCAGAACAACACAGCCAUCGAUUGGUCGAAGAUUCCCAGCUUGAACUUCUUGGCGAAAUGGUCACCACCUAUCUCGGAGUCGGAAGCCGAGAUUUUGACCCGAGUUGGUAAACUUGAGGCUACAGAACUGGGUGUGGACUUGUCUUUCCGCUAUCCCAAUUUCCGCCUCCCAGAGCGUGUGUACACUUCGUCCGCGGAACGCACCUACAAAUCCGCACAAGCUCUUGUUCGUGGCUUAGAACAAGACGACAACACCAUCAACGUCGUCAGCAUUUAUGAGUCUGAGGAGUCUGGCGCCGACAGCUUGACGCCUUACAAAGCCUGCCCGGCAUACUCCUCUUCAGCUGGCAGCGACGAGUCUGAAGUUUACCAGAAGAUCUUUACGAAGCCCCUCAUCGCCCGCUUCAAUGAUGCGGCCCCGGAGUUCAACUUCACAACCAACGACGUCUAUGGUAUGAUGGAGUUGUGUGGUUACGAGUCUGUCAUCCGUGGCAGCUCACCUUUCUGCGACCUCGACUUAUUUACGCCUGAUGAUUGGUUGGCUUGGGAAUACACCGAAGACGUCCGCUACCACUACAACGUCGGCUACGGCAACGAGGUUGCUGGAUACGCUGGUCUGCCGUGGUUCAACGCGACAGCCAACCUUCUGAUGAGCGAGGACGCAGACGCCCAGGAUCUCUACGUCAGUUUCACACACCGUGAGCUACCGCCAAUGGUUUUCGUCGCUAUGGGUCUCUUCAACAACUCCGAGUUCGGUGGCACCGAGUCCGAGAUCAACGCCACAAUGCCCCUUGACCGCAUCAACUACCGCCGUGCCUGGAAGAGCUCGCACGUCUUGCCUUUCCUCAGCAACUUGGCUAUCGAGCGGUUCAACUGCACAGGCAGCUACGGAUACGAAGAUGGUGAGUACUACCGCGUGCUCGUGAACAGCGCUCCUCAACCAUUGACCAACUGCGUUGAUGGUCCCGGCACUUCCUGCUCUCGAAGUGGAUUUGAGAGCUAUGUUCAGGAGCGGGUCGACUUGUUCAGCGGCUUCUCCGAGGCAUGCGGCACUGACUAUGAUAACACCACCGACACACUCACAAUAUACACUGAUUCUAGUGUUGGAAACGGGACUGUGGUCGGAAAGCGUUACCAAGCUUUCGCCUAAUUAUGAAUCACGAUAUUUAAUGUUUAAUACCCAAAUGAUUAUGAUACUCCAAAGACUCUCCAGUUAUGACUUGAUUGCAGUGAAAACGUCCCUGGUGCUUGGUGUCUUUCAAU